AUGUCUGACUCAAUUUCUAUCGAAGAAACGAACCGGAUACGGAUAUCCCUUGGGAUGAGGCCAUUGCCAGUCCCGAACCAGUCAGGUCCAGUAUUCGAGGAAGCUCCAGCAGUAGAUGCUGGCAGUACAUUAGAGUCAAGACAAGCUGAAGGCUAUGAAAAUUUCCGCAAACUACAAGAACUUGAGGAAAUACGGAAAAAAAGAAACGAAAAGCUUGAAGCUAUCAAGAAAGCUCGAGACACUGCAAAGCGAUUCUCAAGAUUGGAGGGAAAGGGUCUUGCCGACGGGGAUGACGAAGAUCUGAAUGUUAAGAGCUGGCUAAUGAAGCAAAAAAAACGUCAAAAACAAAUCGAAAAAGCAAGAAAGCUAGAAAAUGAUUUAGCAGAGGCUGAAAUGACAGCGGAAUACACGGCAAAAGAUCUUUCGGGUAUCAAAGUUGGGCACGAAAUAUCCACAUUUGAGGAAGGAGAGGAACAAAUCCUGACAUUGAAAGACACAACCAUUGACGAAAAUGAGGAAGAGGGUGAUGAAUUAGAAAACUUAGAUCUGCGAGCGAAGGAAAAGUUGAACGAAACGCUUGAACUGAAAAAAAAAAAAUCUGUCUAUAAUCCUUUGGACGAAAUUGAAUCGGGUGGACAUAGUAUCCUUUCACAUUAUGACGAGGAAAUUGAUGGUAAAAAGAAGAAAAAUUUCACGCUUGACAGCCAGGGCAGUAUACUUAAAAAUACCAUGGAUGAACCCUCCCAGAACUUAAAUAUUAUCAGCCUUGAUACUGUUAAUAUCGAACCGAUUUCAGAUUAUCUCGAGGUACCCCAAAUAAAAAUUAAAAAAGUAAAGAAUAAGGUUAAAUCAUCGCGCCGAAAAAAGGUUGAUGAUGAUGAUAUUCUUCUGCCCAUCGAUGAUUCUAUUACCCCGACCGGGCUCUUAAAUAUAAGAACUGAUGCACCUGCUUCCAAGAGGCAAAAACUUUUGGAUACUUCAUUUAUUGAUGAUGAUGAUUUACAAGGCUCUCUUGCUGCCCAGAGAAAGAUUUCCCUCAAAAAACGCCAGAAAUAUCUUUCCGAACAACUUGUCAGACGCAUACGAGAGAGUUCAACGAAUGGAUCGGCUGAAGGUGAUGUAAACGAUGAAGGAUGCGGUCUUAUUAUUGAUGAGACCUCCGAGUUUGUCUCCAAUCUUCAAAAACCGACAAGUAAAGAUCGAAAACAACGAUCUUUACUUCGUCAGUCAAAGCCUGAAACAGCUAUGAGCGAUGAUUCGGAUGGAGACGGUGACGUGAACAUGGAACAUUCCUACAUUACAAGCGAAGAAGCUCUUCAAUCAAAAGCUCAUGAUACGGCAGAGGGGCUAGCAUCUACGGAUGUGACAAACAACGGGCUAGAGGCAGAAGCCACACUAGACUGUGGUCUUGGAUCUACGUUGAAGCUUCUUAAGGGACGGGGAAUAAUCAAAACCGCUGACUCUGGAGAUUUAAAUGCUAUCUAUAGGCAAAAGCAACUAUUUUUAGCAGAAAAACAACGCAGGGAAGCAGACGCAGAACUUAAGGCUCGCUCUCAAAGAGAACGCGAUCGUACUAAUGGCCGCUUGGACCGAAUGUCUGCGCGGGAAAAAGAGGAAUAUGCUCGGUCACAAAACACACUCCGUGAUCAGAUUGAGUCCCGACAGCUUGCCGAACAUUUCAACAAAGAGUAUAAACCAAAUGUAGAACUCAAGUAUAUUGACGAAUUUGGGAGAAGUAUGAACAAGAAGGAGGCUUUUAAGCACCUAUCACAUCAGUUUCAUGGCAAAGGUAGUGGUAAGCAGAAAACCGAAAAAAUGCUCAAGAAAAUUGAAGACGAGAAGAGGAGGGAGGCUCAGAGUUCUUUGGAUGGGAGCCAGAUCGGGGGGAUGAGCGGUGCGACGGCUCAGCAGCGUAAAAAACAGGGGCAAGCAGGUGUUCGAUUGGCUUAA